AUGGCUUCAGGAAAGACCAUCACCUUGAAUAGCGGGUACAAAAUACCUGUAGUGGGAUUGGGCACCUGGCAAUCGGGUCCCAACGAGGUCAAAGACGCUGUCACAGCAGCCCUCAAGUGCGGAUACCGUCACAUUGACGCGGCCUCCGUCUAUGGCAACGAACAAGAAGUUGGAGAGGGCAUCAAGGCUGCUGGGAUCCCUAGGGAAGAGAUAUUUGUGACCAGUAAGCUCUGGAACACGGACCACGACCCGGACGAUGUGGAAGAUGCUUUGGACAAGUCUUUGAAGGACUUACAGCUUGACUAUCUUGACCUGUACCUGAUCCAUUGGCCCGUCGCAUUUCGGAAAUCAGGCGCUUCCAUACAGCCUCUCCGAGAAGAUGGGUACAUUGAUGUGGUCGACGUUCCGAUCGCAGCCACAUGGGCUGCCAUGGAGAAACUGGUACAGAAGGGCAAAGUCCGAUCCAUCGGAGUCAGCAAUUUCACCCGGGAGAAGAUUGAGGAUUUGAUGAAGACCGCGUCAAUCAAGCCAGCCCUGAAUCAGAUUGAGGCACAUCCGUAUUUACAGCAGCGGGACCUUUUGGAAUGGUCUAGACAACAGGGUAUCGUGAUCGCCGGCUACUCUCCACUCGGCAACAACAUUUACAACAUUCCUCGGGCUGUAGAUGACCCAAUUGUUACGUCCACUGCCGACAAGCUUGGCAAAACCCCGGCCCAGGUUCUCGUCAGCUGGGCUAUUCAGAGAGGCACUGUCGUCCUACCCAAGUCAGUCACUCCAGAGAGGAUAGAAAGCAACUUCCAAGACUUUGAACUUCCAUCAGAUGCAUUCGAGGCCAUCCAGGGACUCGAGCGUCAUCAAAGGAUGAAUUUUCCUUCGAGGUUGGGGGUCGACAUCUUCGGGGAGACCAGUGAUGAGUUCGUCCAGAAGAAAGCUGCAGAGUGGGUAGAGGCACAGAAGAAAAACAAGUAG